AUGGACGAUGACUUUCCGUCCGGACUUCCGAUGGAGGUUCUAGGGUCCAACUGGAGCCAGGCGUCGUCGGACGGUGGGGAGACGAGCGCGUACGUUGCCGUGCGUUGCGUCAUAGCCUCGGCAUACACGUUGAUCAUCGCUGUGGGUCUUGUGGGCAACGUGACCCUCAUGAAGAUCUUCAUCAGCACUGCGUCCAUGAGGAGUGUGCCCAACAUCUUCAUCAGCAGUUUGGCGGCAGGAGACCUCCUGCUGAUCCUCACCUGCGUGCCGGUAGACGCCUUCCGGUUCUUCUCUCACCAAUGGAUCCUCGGAGAGGUCGCGUGCAAGCUCAUACCCGCAAUACAGCUUACCUCCGUCGGCGUGUCCGUCUUCACGCUCACCGCCCUCAGCGCCGACAGGUACAAGGCCAUCGUAAAGCCCAUGGACAUCCAGACAUCUGGCGCUGUCUUGUGGACAUGCGUGAAGGCCGCGUCCAUCUGGCUGCUGUCCAUCCUGCUGGCCAUCCCCGAGGCCGUCUUCUCCCAAGUGGUCUCCAUGCAGGUAGCUGAAAACAUGACCUUCGUCAACUGCGUCCCGUACCCACUGUCCAACCGGAUGCAUCCCAAGGUCCAUUCAGUGAUGAUCUUCCUGGUGUACUUCCUGUUCCCGCUGGCCGUCAUCUCCGUAUAUUACUACCACAUUGCUCGCACACUCACACGCAGUGCACACAACAUGCCGGGAGAGCUCAGUGAGCACACCAAGAAACAGAUGGAGACCAGGAAGCGUCUGGCUAAGAUCGUGUUGGUCUUCGUGGGUUUGUUUGCCCUCUGCUGGCUGCCCAACCACAUGCUCUACAUGUACCGCUCCUUCCACUACCAGCAGAUGGACAUGUCGCUAGCCCACCUGCUCGUCACACUGCUAUCACGCAUUCUCAGCUUCUCCUCGUCCUGCGUCAACCCCUUCGCACUCUACCUGCUGAGCGACAGCUUUCGCCGCCACUUCAACAGUCAGCUGCGAUGCGGUCACCGCCCUCGCCCUCGCCCACAGCGCCAAGCCAGCUACCUGCACAGCACCACUCACAUUCGGCUCACCUCCAUCAAGAAGGCCACACCCAGUUCUGCUGCUAACGGCGCCAGCGACAGGCCAGAAGCAACCAUGUGAUGACUUCAACCUGGACAGGAAGUUGCUUAUUAGCUGCAAGUAGCAUACGCCAGCCUGACAGUAAUGUCACCCAUGAGUCGAUA